CACAAGUGUUGGUGUAUUAACAAAAAAUUACACAGAUACAAAGUGUUUGUGCAUUAAUAAAAAUUAGUUUUAUACUAAUACAAAGUAUUAGUGCAAACUUGCAGAGUACAAAGUAGGGUACAAAAUAUGGGGUACACUUUCCUCCGCCCUGCAUUUCCACUCACAACAACCAACGACCACCAAUGAUCCGCCGGCGCCUCCUUUCCUCCGCCCUGCAUUUCCAGAACCGCCUCGCCGCCGCGCUCUUAAACCCUAACACCGAAACCCCGUUCAGAAUCUCCCCCAUUUUAGCCUCCCAUUUCUCCACCUCCUUCCUCGUAACCAAAACCCCCAAGAAAUUCCGCAAAAAACGGAAGAAGGAGAGCGCGAGAACCAAGCCGGUCCAGACCCCGCCCAACCUCUCGCCACACUUCGAGAACCUCCUCCUCCGGGACAACCGCCUCCGGUUUCUCACCAGAACCAAAGAGUUCCUCUCCAAACAGCCCGAGCGCAUCCUCCGCCUCGACGACGCCGGGAAACUCCACCAGCAGCUCGGCUUCCCCCGCGGCCGCAAGGUAGUCAAGUUCCUCCAGCGCCACCCUACCGUGUUCCAGAUCUAUCGCCACUCCGACAAUAAGCUCUGGAUCGGAUUCACGGAAUCCAUGGAGGAAUUGUUGGAAGAAGAGUCUAGAAUCAUGAACGACAUGGAAGAUGAGAGAGUCAAUGUGGUGAGGAAAUUGUUGAUGAUGUCCAAAGACAAGAGAAUUCCCCUGAGCAAGAUCUACCAUAACAGGCUCUUAUUCGGCAUACCAGAGGAUUUCCGAGAUCGGAUCUCAAAGUAUCCCAAAUACUUCAAGGUAGUGGUGGAGGCGGACGGGAAGCGAGUGGUGGAGCUCGUGACGUGGGACCCGCUGCUGGCCGUGAGCGAACUGCAGAAGGAAUACAUGGUGGACGAAGACAAGGCCAAGAAGGCAUUCAAGUUCAAGGUGAAGCACGGGAAGUCAUUGGAUCUGGAAGAAGAAGACGAGAGGAGGUUGAAUCUGUUGAACACUCUGCCUCUGGUUUCUCCUUAUUCGGAUGGUAGGAAGAAGGAUCUGUGGAGUCUGGACGCAGAGAAGUUCAGGGUGGGAGUGAUCCACGAGUUUCUGAGCUUGACACUGGAGAAGAGGGCUUACAUUCAUAACAUCGUGGAGUUCAAGGACGAGUUUUGCCUGACCAAGCACACAUACCAGAUGCUGAAGAAACAGGGGAGGAGUUUCUACCUGGGUGGCACGGAGAUGAACUGGUGCGUCUUCUUGAAGGAUGCGUACGGGGAAGACGGGAGCUUGAUCCGUAAGGAUCCUCAAGUUGUGUUCAAUGAGAAGUUGUAUGGGUUUGCAGAUGUAUCCAUGAAAGAAUUGCAGGCUGAGAAUGACAUGUGUGUUGUUAAUGCCUUGUGAGGUUCAAUGGCACCAGAGGGAGUAGAACCCAAACAGCACAAAAAAAAUGUGAGGCUAGGGAGCCUACUCUACAAGGUUUUGUACAAUCCUUAUGAGGGUUCUAUGAUGAACUAUUGUCAAAUGUUCCAUAAUCAAAGAAACCUGAAAACAGGCAGAGGUGACUAGAAUCAGAAAUGAGUAAAUUAUCCCUACCUUAAGAGAUCUACCAACAACAACAGGAUGAGCAAGAACAAAAACUCUAUCAAUGAGAGCAAUAACGGGCAGCCACGCAAUGUGUGUUGUCUCUAUAGACAUUAUUGUUGGUGAAGGUAAUCAGGUAGUAAUCAUGUAGGCUAACGUUUGAACAA